GGACGAGCCAGUGGAUUAUAGAACCCCCGCCACCACCACCACCACCACCACCGGAGUCCGAGAAUGAAGAUGCCAGAGGCCUGAGUGAAAGCCCUCCACCAGAGAGCGUGUGUUCCAGGGCUGGGGCUGGACCCAGAGACCCCCGCCCCGGGGCUGAAGGGCCCUCACAGCCCGACACCGUAAGCCUGGACCAUGGGGGAUGGAGGCGGUGGUGCAACAGGAGGAGAUGGGGUGAACCCCUCCCACGUCCUGUUCGACAAGUUCACCCAGGGGAGCACGUUCAAGGGCACCCUCAAGGCCUUCCAUGACCUCUGUGAGCACCUGGAUGUCAGGCCCACUGACUCCAAGAUCUUCUAUCACAAGCUCAAGUCCAAACUCAACUACUGGAAGGCCAAGGCACUCUGGGUCAAGUUAGACAAGAGGGCCAGCCAAAAGGAGUAUAAGAAGGGUCGUGCCUGUGCCAACUCCAAGUGUGUAAUCAUUGGUGCGGGGCCAUGCGGCCUCCGUACAGCCAUCGAGUUGGCUUUCCUGGGCGCCAAAGUGGUGCUGCUGGAGAAGAGAGACGCCUUCUCCAGGAACAAUGUGCUGCACCUCUGGCCCUUCAGCAUCCAGGACCUCAGGGGCCUCGGGGCCAAGAAGUUCCAUGGGAAGUUCUGCGCUGGUGCUAUCGAUCAUAUCAGUAUUCGUCAACUUCAGCUAAUGCUGCUCAAAGUGGCUCUCCUGCUGGGCAUCGAGAUCCAUGUCAACGUAGAGUUCAGGGGCCUAAUUGAACCCCCCGAAGAUCAAGAGACUGAAAGGAUAGGCUGGAGGGCUGAGGUCCACCCUAAGACACACCCUGUCAGCGAGCUGGAGUUUGAUGUCAUCAUUGGAGCAGACGGCAGGAGAAACACGUUACCAGGGUUUCGGCGUAAGGAAUUCCGGGGCAAACUUGCAAUCGCCAUCACGGCUAACUUCAUCAACAGGAACACAACGGCUGAGGCAAGUGUCGAGGAGAUCAGCGGCGUGGCCUUCAUCUUCAACCAGAAGUUCUUUCAAGACCUCAGAGAAGCAACAGGUGUUGACCUGGAAAACAUUGUCUACUACAAGGAUGACACGCACUACUUUGUGAUGACUGCCAAAAAGCAGAGCCUGCUGGAGAAAGGAGUCAUUCUGCAUGACUAUGCAGACACGGAGAUGCUGCUGUCCAGAGCGAACGUGGACCAGGCAGCGCUGCUGUCUUACGCCCGUGAAGCUGCCGAUUUCUCCACCAACCACCAGCUGCCCACACUGGACUUUGCCAUCAACCACUACGGCCAGCCGGAUGUUGCCAUGUUCGACUUCACCUGCAUGUACGCCUCUGAGAACGCCGCCAUGGUGCGCCAGCGCAAUGGCCACGAGCUGCUGGUGGCGCUGGUGGGAGACAGCCUGUUGGAGCCCUUCUGGCCCAUGGGCACUGGCAUAGCUCGAGGUUUCCUGGCAGCCAUGGACUCGGGCUGGAUGGUGAAGAGCUGGGCUCAGGGAAAACCCCCCCUGGAGGUGCUGGCUGAGAGGGAGAGUAUUUACCGUCUCCUGCCCCAGACCACUCCAGAAAACAUCAGCAAGAACUUCAAUCAUUACAGUGUGGAUCCGACCACACGGUACCCCAACAUCAGCCUUAACUUCCUCAAGCCCAGCCAGAUGCGGAAUCUCUUCGAUACCGGGGAGCCGCGGGAAAUGCGCAUUGAAAUAGAGAAUGUUAUCAACACGUCAACACCCAAGUUGGCCCGGAAUGAAAAUUGCCUGCUUGACAAGCAGUUGCCAGAAUCCGUCGCCCGAUCGAGUAAACUACUCAACUGGUGCCAGAGACAGACGGACGGCUACAGGAACGUUCACGUCACAGAUCUCACAAUGUCCUGGAAGAGCGGUCUGGCCCUGUGUGCCCUCAUCCACCGAUACAGACCGGAUCUCAUCAACUUCGACUCGCUGGACGAGCGAGACCAGCAGAAGAACAACCAGUUGGGCUUCGACGUGGCGGAGAAGGAAUUUGGCAUCUCGCCCUGCAUGACUGGCAAGGAGAUGUCCUCUGUGGUGGAGCCAGACAAGCUCUCCAUGGUCAUGUACCUCAGCCAGUUCUAUGAGAUGUUCAGGGACACAGUGCCACCCGGAGAUAAACACAACCUGAGCCCUGAGGAGAAGGCAGCUCUGAUAUCCAGCACCAAGUCUCCCAUCUCGUUCCUGAGCAAACUCGGUCAGAGCAUAGCGAUAUCCAGGAAAAGAAAUCCAAAGGACAAAAAAGAGAAGGACGUGGACGGUUUGGGGAAGAGGAGGAAGACGAGUCAGUCUGAAGAGGAGGAAUUAUCCCGGACCGGUCGUGACGACAGGCCGUGCAUCCCGGCUCUGUGUGAGAGGAAAGUGGAAUCUGCUGCCGUGGGGAACAGCAACAAAGUCAAGGUCAUGGCCACCCAGCUGCUCGCCAAGUUCGAGGAGAACGCCCCGGCCCAUUCCAGCGGACUCAAGCGACAGGCCAGAGGUGGUGACGAGCAGCUGUCCGGCUCGGGCGCUCGGAGUUGCCCAAAGAAAACCAUUCUGCUCCCUUCUUCCUCCUCCACUUCCUCGCUCUCUCUCCACUCAGAGGGCUCCCUCAGAAAAGAGUUCCCGGUCAACCUCGGCGGCAGCGACGUCUGCUUCUUCUGCCGAAAGCGCGUGUACGUGAUGGAGAGGCUGAGCGCCGAGGGGAAGUUCUUCCACCGCAGCUGCUUCAAGUGCGACUACUGCAGCACCACGCUACGCCUGUCCUCCUACGCCUUCGACGUGGAGGAUGGCAAAUUCUACUGCAAGCCCCACUACUGUUACCGUCUGUCAGGCUAUGCUCAGAGAAAGAGGCCUGCUCCCUCCCCAGCUCCGAUCGAAGCCAAGGAACACCAGUCGCCCAAAACCCCCACCUCGGCCGUAGAUGCCCCCGGAAGGGCUAUGGCAGCGGUGACCCCCUCGUCCGAGCUCCAGCCCUCAGCCCUGGAGGUCAAUGGACUUCAGGAGCCGAUCCUGGCCAAGAGGCUGCGUGGAACUCCAGAGCGCAUCGAGCUGGAGAACUACCGUCUGUCUAUGCAGAGGGAGGAGGAGCUGGAGGAGGUGCCUGAGGAGACGCUGGCGGAGCACAACCUCAGCAGCGUGCUGGAUAAGACCAGAGAGGCCGACCCGGGCUCCAGUAGCUCAGAGUCCGACAUGGAUGAGGAGGAUGAGCAGGAGGAUCAGGAUCAGGAUCAUGAUCAUGAUCAUGAUCAUGACCAGGAUCAGGACCAGUUUCAGGACCAGGACCAGGAGGAGGAUCUGGAGGAGCAUCCUACCAGUCCCUCAGAUCUCGGUGGCGUUCCUUGGAGGGAGGCGGUGGAGCUCCAUGCUAAACUUAGGGGAGACUGUGAGGACGAGGAGGAUGAGGCUCUGGGCGACGCAGUCAGCAGGGACGGUGAAAUAGAUGAAGAGGAGGAUGAAGAGGAGGAUGAAGAAGAUGAGGAGUCGAGCGAAGACGGGGAUUACUGCCCCUGGGACAGAGAGCUGCAGUCUGGCCUCUGGCUGGAGAAGCACCUGAAAGACGAAGAGGAUGUUGGUACAUUUAAAGCCAGGAACCUGCUGAUCCAACAGAUCCUGCAGCCUGUGGAUCCCCAGACCAUCCACCUGGAGUCCGGGGGAGAGAAGGACUUGACCUCCCAGCUCUCCCAGCCCUCUGGGCUCAUUCAGCCCUCCUCCACAGAGCCCGGUGAGGAUGAGGAGCUGGAAGCAGAAGCAGACAGCCAGGAUGUGGAGCCCGGUACAGAGAUGGAUCAGGAGGACAUCCCUUCAGAUGCAGAAGCUGAGGCUCGUUUGCACCUGUCAGAGAACACUGAAACACUUCCUGCAGACGACAGGAAACCUGGAAGUGUUACAGUGUCCUCCAGCGUUGAACCAUCAGGCACCAGCCCACUGCAGAAAGAAGAUGUCCUUUCCCCUCUCAAACUAUCACCACAGCCUGAGACACAGACACUUCUCGUGAAAUCUCCUGGCAGCCGCUUCUUCCCGGAUCCGUUCAUACCUGAGGAAGCGACGGCUGAGCGGACAGUUCCUUCACCGGCAGCCAGGAGCCCGCUGUUCCCUUCACCUGUCGCUUCCCCUGCUGCUCCUGCUGCCGCUGCUUCUCCUGUCAGUGUCUCUGUCUCGUCGCCCCCCAGCUCUCCCACCAAAUCACCUAUCGCCUCCCUGCUCAGCCCAGCAAUCAGGUCACCUGUCAGAUCCCCCUCCACAUCACCUGUCAGCUCACCGAUCUGCUCCCAGCCCACCUCCCUACCGGAGACGUGCCCUCCUAAAUCUCCUGUCUACCCCCACCGCUCCAUUUGCCCCCUCACAGGAAACCCCCUCUCCCCGAUCUGCGCCCAGCCGCUGCCUUGUCACGAACCGUCGUCGCCACUCGCCUCAGAUUCUCCCGUCAGAACUCAGCCUGUCCCCGCAGUCACCUCGACGCCCAUGAACAAAACCGACAAGGGCUCGCCGGAGUCCACGAGGUCCGUAGAUUCCUCAACGGAUGAGACUCCAUCUAAAAAGACAGAUAUCAUUGAGGAGUUUUGGUUAAAGAGCGCAGAGAUAAGGAAAAGCCUCGGUCUCACUCCUCUGGAUCGCAGCAGUAAAAUCUUCGAGAACAGUGUCGUUACUGCUCCGACAGAGGAGCCCACCCCGGUCAGGACAAAGUCUCCUGAGGUGUCUGUGGAGCAGAAGCCGGCCCCCGCGGGUCGUCCUGUCAUCCGCAGGCUCAACAUCACCCUCGAGGGUCAGGUCAUUACGCCUCUAGCUCCCGCGGAGCCCAAGAGUAAUGGCUCUGAUAAGAGGGACCUCAGCAGCAGCUCCGGCCUGGGGUUGAACGGGAGCCUGGCCACGAGCCAGACGGUGAACAGCGACAUGUCUGAUUCCACCAUGCUCACCCCGCCCUCCAGUCCGCCGCCACCUGUGCCUGCAAAUCAGUCUCCAGCCGUGCUCAGGCAGCAGAAACACCAAGUGUCCUGGAGCAACGGCAUGGAAAAGCUUCCACCGGAGCGUGCCAAAGAGCCGGCGAAAACCAAGACUCCUGUUCCUGCGCCGAGGACCCAGCUGAGCCCGGUGCCCGUGCCCAAGCCUGCACCCAGGAGACUCUCAUCGCUCCAGGCAGAACCAGAGCCAGCGCCGGUGGUUGUUGUUAUGAGAGAAAAGAAGAAGCCUCGACCGGUGGAGGCGAGGAAGUCGUUUGUGGAGAAGGUGGAGGAGAUUCCGUUUGCCGACGACGUGGAGGACACGUACGACGAGCGCACGCCAGAAACGAGCAUGAACAGGUAUUACACUCCGCCCACCAGCAAGGCCAGCAGAGAUAAACCUCCUCUGCAUCUGGCUCUUGCGAUGGAAAACGGUAAACCUAAUAUCCCGGGAGCUCCUCAGACACAGAGGGCAACCCGAUUCUCUCCAGAGGCCAAGGAGAUCGCAGAGGAGAGAAUUCGAGCCAGAGAGAAGUCUAUAAAGAGCCAAGUGCUGAAAGACGCCAUGGCCAAGCAGCUGAACAAAAUGAAAGAGUCCGACGUUGACAAGGGUGCCCAGCCCAAAGUGGCCUGGAGCGUGACCCCAGAGGUCGUAGGGAAAAGUAAAAAAUCUGCCGUGUCGCCGAGGACAUCGGCCGUGAAAUCUCUGGAGUCGAAGAAGGCCGAGACUCUGCCGGAGCGUUUCUUCAGCAGCAACAAGAGCCUGGACAGCUCGGCGGCUUCGUCCGACGGCUCGGCCACGAGCAAGAGCAAGAAGCGCAGCUCCCUCUUCUCCCCGCGCAAGAACAAGAAGGAGAAAAAGGCCAAGAACGACAGCAGCAGGCUCUCGUCCACCGAUGAGACGCCGCCCAAACACAAGUCGCUGUGGAAGGCCGUGUUCUCGGGUUACAAGAAGGACAAGAAGAAGAAGGAUGACAAGUCGUGUCCGAGCACGCCGUCGUCCAGCUCCACCACGCAGGACUCUGGGAAGAAGAGAAGUUCCUCUCCUGGCAGAUCAUCAGACAAAACCCGCAGGAACUUGAGCUUCUCCGAGGACUCGGAUCUGUCCUGUGACGACGUCCUGGAGAGAUCCUCCCAGAAGUCCAAGGCAGAUCGGCAUACGGACAUCUUUGACCUAGUGUCAGACAUUCACAAGGAGGCGAUAAAGGAGGAGAAACUGGAGAAGGAGAGGAGGAGGGAGAUUAAGGAGAAAAAGAGGGUGACAGAGAGGCAUAAAGAGAGAGAGCGGGAAAAAGAGGUUGAACUGGAAAAGGACAAAGACGACGAGGAGUCUGUUUAUGUUCCUCACGCGCUGGCGUUCAAGAGAUCGUACGCCACGAAGAAAACCUACACGGAGGAAGAGCUGAACGCCAAGCUGACGCGGAGAGUCCAGAAAGCUGCGCGGCGACAAGCCAAGCAGGAAGAGCUCAAGCGGCUGCACAGAGCCCAGAUUAUCCAGAGGCAGUUGGAGCAGGUGGAGGAGAAGCAGAGGCAGCUGGAGGAGAGGGGCGUCGCUGUGGAGAAAGCUCUGAGAGGAGAAGCAGGCAUGGGCAAGAAGGACGAUCCCAAGCUAAUGCAAGAGUGGUUCAAGCUGGUGCAGGAGAAAAACGCCCUCGUCCGCUAUGAGUCCGAACUCAUGAUAUUUGCCAGAGAGCUGGAGCUGGAGGAUCGACAGAGCCGACUGCAGCAGGAACUCAGGGAGCGGAUGGCUGUGGAAGACCACCUGAAGGCAGAGAAGGAGCUGGCCCAGGAGAAGCAGAUCCUGAACGAGAUGCUGGAGGUGGUGGAGCAGCGGGACUCCCUGGUGGCUCUCCUGGAGGAGCAGAGGCUUCGGGAGAAAGAAGAGGACAAGGACCUGGAGUCGGUCAUGCUCUCCAAAGGCUUAUGUCACUGGGCCUGAGGAACGAGACAUAACCCUCUCAUCGGGUUCGGAGAGAGACGAUUGGCGUUCUCAGACUCGCACGCAUCAUCUUUGAUCACGUCUGCCUAAAAUCAUUACACGGGCAGUCGGCGUCAAACUGUCACACCUGCAGCAGUGAAUGUGUAAAGAUUAUCCCCGACACAACACACAGAAACACUGUGGCUGCCGCUGACAUGGAAGCAGUCUGUCACGUUUACAUAUCCACUGCCCCACAGGCGGCCCCGGUUAUUCACUCUGCAGUUUUUGCUUGCGCUCUCUCCCUCUGUAAGGGGGAGAGGCAAGUUCUUUUUUCCCACAACUUUAUCAUCACAGCCUUGAAGUGGAUCCUCUCAAGUGUAGAAGGGAGGGGGGGGUGCGCUUUGGGAGAAUGUUUAAAGACUUGUUUCAUUCUCGAUUAUCUAAAGGGAAGAGUGCAGUUUGGUCCUGCUGAUGUUAAAGGAACUGUAGAGAGUUGUGUUUUCUGUGUACAGCCGUGUAGCGCAAGUCACGUUUUCAGCGGAUGAAGGUGUUCUCUGCUCUCGCUACAGACGUGUGUGUGUCUGUGUGUGUGUGUGUGUGUGUGUGUGAGAGUGUAUUUGUGUGUAAAUGCUCACUCUGACUGUAGGAAGGACAUUCUCUGCUGAAGCUGCCUUUCCAUCCCGUGACAAACGGACUUCUGCUUCCUAAUGAACCACAGACCCCAUGUUUCUCUUUUCUUCCCCCCCCCCCCGCAGCGUUUAGUGAGUCGACACAAAGAGCCCAUUCAACAUGGCCACGUUUUUAUAUAUUUAUGAAGCUCUGUUUGUUUGCUUUUAACAGAAAAAGAUUAUUUCUUUCUUUUUUUUUAAAUGUACAUAAGCAGGAGAGUGCCCAGAAUUUCAUUACCUUGCACUUGUGCACGAGUCCCAGCCCCCCCGUCAGCCACUGCAUGUCAGGAAUGAAGGUUGUAGGAACAUAGAGGAUCCUCACAACUGCUCUUAUAGCUACACACACACAAUAUGGACUUGUACUUUCUAUGAACACUCAAGCACGACACGUGACUGGACUGUGACGGGCCUCUCUGUGAGAAGCCGUUCACUGUGCAUCACACCGAUCCGUUAACGUUUACAAAUACUCAUCCAUGUUCGUUUUUGGGGAUUUGAAUGUUUCCUGCUUUUUGGCAAACUAAAAGAUUCAACUUGUAAAAGGCAAAACUGUCUUCAGGUUGAAACGAGUUUCUCCCACCUGUUCUCACUGUGAUGUUCUCGUCGUCAUUAAUGAAUCUGAUUUCACUUUUGUUUAAUGGGAGAUUAUUGUAGCUCACAUUACUCGGUUUGUGCCACAGGACUGUCUCUGUUGUUUGAAUCUGCAACAUCAACACAACAGCAGCGUACACACACACCCACACCCACUAGACAACACUUGGAUCACUAUAUGGCAGUGUUAAUCCUUUACCCUUGAACAAGAUGCCUUUUUUUUUCAUUAUCAUUCUCUAUAUUUAAUUUAUGUUUUAUUAUUUUCUGAGUUAUUUUUGAGCUAGUCACAUCGGUGCAUCCCACUGGAACUCGAGAUUUUUUUGUUUUUUUAACUUCUUUUGCAGAAACUUUUAUUACAGCAGCAGGACCCCGAGCAAACAAAUAAGAGGAUUUGAAAUGGGCCGCUGAAGAGAUGCAGAGAGCUUUAUGAGCGCCUGGCAUCAGACAGGAGCAUUAUGGUUUAUCUGGAGGGCAGUCAAACUAACAGCCUUGUCGACAACUGUAAAGAAAUCCAGGUGGUCACUGUUUUACAGCACAGAAACACUAGAGGCUAUAUUUAUGACUCGCUAUGAGCUGUAAAUACAAAGUGUUACAUAAUUUUAAGGGUUCCUCUUGUUUUAGACGGUGUGUGAUGAGUUUGAACUUGAUUGUAUUGAUAUUUAUUAACAUGUGUGCAAACUGUAUAAUAUGUAAAGAAAAUGAAUCCUAAUUUUUAAAAACUGUUCCGCAGACACACGACUCAUAAUGUAAAUGCUUCAUGUAGCUAUAAUGCAUAGGGGUGUUGGAUGUAUGCUGAGAACGGCAAUAAAACAAUGCAGUUGUUCUUUUA